ACUCCACAACCUUCACUCACAAAAUUGACCGACUCAACAGUCAACAGAGACAGGAAAUAGAAAGAGAAUGGAGCCUGCAAAAGCAGCGCCCACUGGUUGCUACAAGUGCGGACGCCCAGGCCACUGGUCGCGCGAUUGUCCUGAUUCAAACCCUAACCCUAAUCCACUCUCCAACUCUACUAAUCUCAGCUCUCCGAAUUCUUCCAGAUCUUUCCCUAGUAAGCCUAAUGUUAGCAAUUCAAAACCUGUAGCAGAGAAGCCAAAGAAGGCGCCAAGAAGCAGGCCCAAACUCACCCCUGAGGUUCUUCUCGGCAAUGAUGGCCUCGGCUAUGUUCUUCGCCAUUUCCCUCGCAACUUUAAAUAUCGUGGUCGCGGCCAUGAGGUUAGCGAUUUGGGGAAUCUGAUUCGCUUAUAUAGUGAAUGGCACUCCCGCUUGCUCCCUUAUUACUCGUUUGAUGAAUUUGUACAUAAGGUGGAACAAGUUGCUUCCACAAGGCGUGUAAAGAUGUGCCUCGGAGAUUUAAGAGAAAGAGUUGCAAGUGGUGGGGAUCCAACAAAGUUGCAUGAAUCAGCAACUGAACUUGUUGGUCCAAGCCUUGAACAAGGCCGCUCAGCUCCCGAUGAAGCUGUGGGAUUAUAUGAAGAGGGAGAUCAACAUUUGAGGAACCAUGAUGCGGAUGGAACACAAGAAGAUAUUCUUCAUGAGGUUUAUGAUAGAGCUAUUGAAGUGUGUGCUUCAAUUCAGCAUGGAAUAAUACGCGAGCACUUAGUUUCUUGUCAAAUAAUUCAAGUGGUGAAAGAAUCGCUUCAUUAUCCAUCAAUUAUUCAGAUGCAUUUUCCUUUUUCCCAAUAUUUACACACUUUUUCGCUUCCUUAUCAGUUCUUUUGUUGUAUGGCUGUGUUAAAAAAAUAUAUCAAAUCUUGUAGGCAUGAAUUUCAUUCUCAUCACUUCUAUUAUACAGCUGGAUUAGCAUCUUAAUCUUAAUCUUGUUUCAAGUUUCGUAAGAAUGAUGUCUUAACCAUCUUGUUUACGCAAUUCUUACAAGAACAAGAAAAUUGAAAAGAAUGAAUUUUGCAAGAAUGAUUGUUGCUGUACUGCUUUGUGUUUAGUCAGAGUCCUUUUAAUUGUUCUCUUUUUUUG